AUGGCUGCCUCCCAAAAGAAGUAUAUUUGCUCGUUUUGCGCCAAGGCCUUCUCGCGAUCGGAGCACAGGGCGCGACACGAGAGGUCGCAUACGGGCGUUAAGCCGUUCACGUGUACCGUGUGCUCGCAUUCGUUCGUGCGUCGUGACUUGCUGCAGCGCCACAUCCGGACCGUGCACCGCAGCCUGUUGUGCCGGGCGUGCGACAGGCCGGCGCGCGCGGCAGGCGAAGGCGACUCGCCGCUGUCCGUUGCCGCGAAGACUGAGCACCGCGGGUGUUUGGGUGGAUGCCCUCACGGGCUGCUGACGUCAGCGGCGGAUGCGGGUCCCGUGGAAAGCGACUGUCUGCAGGACCAGAUCGUCAAUUCCAUGAUCGAGGUGAGCCACGAGGGCUCAGGGCACGGCGCAGGCCGUCGUCCCAGCCGCAGCGAUCGCGCUAGUUGCUCGCCCAGCGGUAUGUCCAGUCCCUCGGCCAGUCUCGAGAGCGUCCCGGCGGCGGAGCGCGCCGCCAGCGACUCAGAUCUCGAUGAGCAGUUUGCUCUUCCGGACGACAUGCACUCGCUACUGGUUGACGGCAUGAUCAGCAAGGGCAUGGACCGGGCGCUGGCGCCGCACGUCCCGGAGUGGUUUAGCCGCGGCGUUGACUGCAUCCGUCAGGAAAGGCUAUUUGCCAAAGGCAGUAUCGGCACGCUCCGUCGCAGCUGCGACUCGCACAAGGCGUUCCAGCUGCUUUGCGAUAGCUCGCCGCUGCCCAUGGCCGUUGCGUGUCUCGGAUCCCUAGCAUGUAUUCAUAUUACGCAUCUUGAGGACUCAAUGCAUCUCUGGCAAUGCUGCUGGAACUACUCGCUGAAGAAGCCCUUCCACCAAAGUUUUUCGGCCCUCAACCUGCUUGUAUACGUAUUUGUGCGUUUGCCGCGUCAGGCGGUUCAAAACCCACUUGAUAUCUCUACGUUCUACCAACAGGUGCUCUAUACAAUGGUGCAGUGCGCUGCGCAUCGCACGUGGUUUUCAGGUCAAGAAGACAUCUGGCUGGCCUUCGACAUGUUUAUCGACUUGAUUGUAGCGAGCAAUGAAUACAGCGAGGUUUCCAUGAUUCUCUAUAGAUGGUUUCUUCAGCAAGAGUUGCACAAGGGAGAGCCGCUUUCGCACUACCUGAAUAGUAUUUGCAAAAAUGCACUAUUUCAUACUCCUUCCAACGUAACAAAAGUUAUUGUCAAGAGUUUGCUAUGUGAGACCAUCAUGAAAAAGAGCUUCCACGUCCAAUUUCAAUCCUGUGAGUCACUGCAUAACGCUCUCAUCAUGACAAACAGGAUGUUCUCUGAGAUGAGCUCGCAAGCCGAUGAUAAGCUCGCAACUGCUCAUUUCAAAUACUGGAAGAGUGAGGUUAUUCUUGCGAACCCACCUCAGAGGUUUUACAAUCUCCUUUCCCAAUACGCCGUGCCGCCACAAGGCCUUGAACACUGGGAACUAUGGUUCACCACAUGGUUUGAGUUCGUCGCAGGGUGUUUCCCCACACAUAGCCCUGAGAAAUUCUCCAUCAACUCACGUUACUUAUUUUCCUAUGUUUUCAUGGAAGGGAAACAUGGAUCUCCUCUAAAUCGCAUCAAAGACCUCAAAAUGGACACAUCUUCCCUCAAUAAUAGCAUUGCAAUAUGUUCACUGCCGCUCAUCGGUAUUUUUGAAAGCAGGCAAUGGCCGCGUAGAGAAUAUAUUCCGGAGAAUGCUGCUCUUUACGCCAUAGACGUCUUGUUGUUCCAUGUGAAGCUUUUUGGAUCGGUACUAUUUCUACCAGAGCUUUUGAGAGACAAAGUCGAAGAGGAUAUCAUUGGGCAUAUUGAAGGCGUGUUAGAGAACCCUAUCAUUCAACUUGUUAUAUAUGCUUGGUAUCGAACGAUUUACCAAGUAAAUGACAAGGCUAUGUUUAUUGUAAGCAAAUCAUUCCCAGGUACUUAUGACUUAGAGAAUCGCUCUGUCGAAAUUUUCAUAAAUCAUUUCGUCGCACACCCCGGGAAUCCAGUCCCUGACGCUACAGUUAGAAAGGGAAUCCCUGAUAUCUUAUUUGGGGAGGAAAAUGUUAAUCACUUUUUAGGCUUCCAUUUCCUCUUGUAUCGAAUUAUUAUCAACAUUUCUGAAUACAUGCAGAAUCUGCUCAAGGUUAGUCAAUUGCAACAGGAGACCAAGAAUAGUUUGUUGCGGUUAUUAAGUGAUGUUAAGAACUUAAAAUCUGACAUUCAAUUCAAAAUCAGUACUAGGCAGCCUUCCAAAGAAAGUUCCAACUCGCCAAAAUUGCUGUCUACUCGCUCCACAAUUGUUCAACAACCUUCGCCACCAGAAGUUGCAGAUAUUUCAUUCCGUGCUCACUCUGUUGAUAUAGCUUCCCUUGGCUCCAGAAGCGAGUCAUCAGGCAGGUCAUCUCCUACCUUGACAAUUCCCGAUGAGAAAAUCAUCUUGCCACCAAUCAAGAUAUCUGAGCAGCACGAAGGAGUUUCAUCUGUCAGUCGGUUGAACUUGAACUUUUAUGAUAAGGAUAAUCGCUUAGAUCUUUCACAGAAUCAGUCAUCUUACACCUUUCAGGCACCUUCCCAUGGAAGACCUUCACAUCCACUAUUUCACUCAGGAAAGGUGAAUAAACCAUCAUUUUUCACAGGAUCAAGGAUAAAGCUUCCACCUCCCUCAAGUCUUUUUGAAGCUUCUUAA